AAAUUACAAUACUACUGCAUCAACAUUCGUUCAUUCAUGUUAUAGGUAUUAAAUUGUUAUCAUUAAAACAUGAAAUCUCUGAGGAAGAAAAUUUAAUCAAGUUCGUUUUUUUGUAGAUGCACUACACCGAUGUAGUUAGUGCUUGUGCUACACUCAUUCAAACUUGGAUUGGAUAGACUGGAAUUUCUGCACUACAGCGAUAUAGCGCCAAGUAAAAACGAAAACGCUAUAAGUGUAUACAAAACAUAUCAGCUCCCCCGAGACCAUUCUAUCAAAUAAUAAGCUGUAUAGUACCAGCGAAGAGAUAAAAACGAUCUCACAUCGCGAACUUAACCACUGAAGUACAUUGUUCAGGAGUCACGAUGGUAGAUGAACGAAAGGUUAAGAAAGUUCCGGCAAAGAUAGAGCAACGGCAGGAAGAUGAAGCGAACUUGCAUAAGAUUGAUUCCCAACUGGGAAUGCUCGGAGUAGUGCUGAUGCUGUUCUGUGGAACCGUUUCCAGUUAUUUGUUCACCAGUUUACCGGAUGCGUUGACGCGUGCUGAUUUGGAAAGUUACCCGGGAGCAUUUAUUGCUGAGCGAGCGUGGGAAAAUCUUAAGGCAUUGAACGAGUUUGGUCCUAAACCGACUGGUAGCGAGGCAAAUGAAAAAAUAACUGCUGACUAUUUGAAGCAUGAAAUCGAACUGAUCCAAGCCAGCAGCCAUGCAAAGCAGGAGUUGCAGAUCAAGCAUCAGAUUGUGAGCGGUGGAUAUGCAGUUAAAUUUUUGGGAAAUCCAUUGACCAGUCUGUAUCGGAAUGUUCAAAAUCUGGUGGUGAUGUUAGUUGGCGAGGAGCAUAACACUACUAGUCCAGCAUUAAUGAUAAACUGCCACUUUGAUACGGUUGCCAGCAGUCCCGGGGCUAGUGACGAUGGAGCGAGUUGUUCUGUCAUGCUAGAAAUUAUGAGAGUGAUGUCAAGACAGCACAAACGGAAUCGUCAUUCGAUUAUAUUCCUCUUUAAUGGUGCUGAAGAAACUCCGCUACAAGCUGCCCAUGGUUUUAUCACUCAGCAUCCGUGGGCACAAAGGGUGGCAGCCUUCCUUAAUUUGGAAUCAGCGGGAUCUGGGGGAAAGGAAGUUUUGUUUCAAAGCGGACCACAGCAUCCUUGGAUGAUCGAAGUGUAUGCCCGUGCAAUUCGACACCCGUUUGCUCAUGCUGCAGCUGAGGAAAUAUUCCAGUCCGGUUUGAUUCCGUCGGAUACGGAUUUCCGAAUUUUUCGUGACUUUGGUCAUGUGCCUGGAAUGGACUUUGCUCACAUGAUUGAAGGCUAUCGCUAUCACACAAAGUAUGAUAAUAUUGACUAUUUGUCAUUGCCGGUGCUGCAGCGGACGGGUGACAAUAUUCUUGCUUUGGCGCGUGAAAUGGCCAAUAGUGACGAGCUAGUCAAUAGCCGCAAUGAACAAACGAGCAAAGGAUAUUCUGUAUUCUACGAUUUCAUGGGCUUGCUGUUUGUAAGCUAUACGACUGAUACGGCCAUAACCAUUAACACAUUGGUUUCUAUACUUGCCAUUUUGCUACCAUACUUUGGACUCAGCCGUACCGUGCGGAAUCUCGGAGAAGCUGCUAUCAUUAAAGAGAUUGUCUAUGGAUUUCUAGCCACCGUAGGAGGAACGGUGGUAAGCUUAGUGUCCUGCCUUGUCGUUGGACGGCAACUGGAUGCAAUGGAACGGGCCAUGUCCUGGUACUCUACUCCGUAUCUUAUUCUAGGGUUGUAUUGCUGCCCGGCUCUUUUGUCACAUUGUUUUGUUCAGAUGACCGUAAACAAGUUCAUAGUUGAUAAGAAGACCGUCUUGAACCUAUCGCAGCUCGUCCAAUCUCGGCUUAUCGGGGUCAGUCUGUUCUGGGCGUUAUUGGUCGUUCCGCUAACAUUUGCCGGAAUUCGCAGCGCUUACAUUUUCAUGGUGGUGCUGCUGCUCUCGCUCUUUUCGUCACUUGUCACGGCCGUACUUGGAUACCAGAGUACUAAUCGGAAAUGGCUUCUGGUGCAUCUUGGAUUUCAGCUGAUUACGAUGCUUUGGGCAACGCAGUUCUACCAUAUGUUCAUGAAGCUGUUCGUCCCUAUUUCCGGUCGAAUGGGUGGCGCUAAAAACCCGGAGUAUUUAGUAGCUUCUAUUGCUGCCCUUAGUAUGCUUUUGAUCAGUAGCUAUAUGCUACCGUUGGUGGCACUUCUGAAGAAAGCCUCAGAACUGACUGCACGAUUAACGGUGUUCAUACUGCUUGCAAUUCUGUUGGCUUGCUUUACGCAGGUUGGAUUUCCGUAUCGUGAUGAUAGUGCAAUGGCACCUACUGUUCAACGCCACUAUGUAACGCACGUUCAACGUGUGUACCAUGACGAGCUGGGGCAGGUGCGAGAUAAAGAUUCUGGAUUCCUUUUCCGCGAAAUGGAUCGAAACUCACAUCGCAUGAUCCGAGGUGUAGCAAGUCCAGAACCGAUCGUUGCAAUGCGGGAUAUGAACACCUGUGAGACGGAAAUAUUCUGCGCUGUGCCGUUUUAUUCAAUGUGGCAUCAAGUUCGGUUUGACAACUACUGGCUUCCCGGACCAGAGCCGAUUGUGGACAGCAUGGUUACACUAGCAUUCCAAGGAAAAGAACAGAUCAGCGAUCACACUCAACGUUUGAGUUUUACAAUGGAAGGUAGUAUUCAAUCGUCAAUCAUUAUUGGACCGAAACCGGGAGUGAAACUGGUAAACUGGAGUUUGCUGGAAGAAGUAACCCCGUCUACGCGUUUCAACAAUCAAUACGGGCACUUUGUGCUCAUCACUCACGGACUACCGGGGGAGCCUUGGAAUGUGACCAUGGAUUUCGAACAUGACGACAAAGAUUACAAUGGUUUAAUAGCUGAUAUUGCAGUAGUUACAACAUUCUGGGAGUUCCAUGAGAAACAUACAAAGGAGUUUUCCGAUUUGAUAUACAAAUUUCCUACUUGGGCUCAUGUGAUACCAUCCGUUGCAGUGAUGAAUAUUUACGUGUUUUAAGAGAAUAUGCAGUUCGGACGCUAGGACGGAAACAUGAAAAGCUAUAAA